AUGUUAUCGUUUAUUGAUAUUUACACUAAAAUUAGUAACUCUUCGAACGAUGGCCGAUCGCUAUGGUCGUUUAUCUUCGAAGAUGACGUGAAUGUUGUUCAUCCGAAUCGUAUAAAAGGAGUCAAAUGGGACAUUCCGGAUGUAUCGAAUCCAAAGCCAUCUAAUUCAACUUAUAACUAUACAGGUGUCCUUAGUCAAAUAAUGUCGCACCCAGAUGUUCGUGAUACGGAUGGAAUGUUUUAUUUGGGCUCGUGUGCCCCACAGCCCCUUGAUACGGUUGAAAUGAAUAUUACAAAAUUUCCACCUCACGAUAAGAUUCAUUCUCGUUACCGACAAUCGACCACUAUAUUCAGUCUGUCAGGAACGCUUUUAACUGUUCGCGCCUCUGGUAAAUGUGCUCAUGCAUUUGGGUUGACGAGUCGGAGAGCGCACCAUUUUUGGUCUGAAUUAUCAUCGUACCCGAUUCACUCAGUUUAUAUGGAUGUUUAUCUGCAUGAAUGGUCAGUGUUAAGCCACACUUAUCCAUACACCGUUGCGUGGAAUUUCGAUUGGCCACCAAAUACAGAUCACAAGGGGUUGAUUUAUCAAGAUAGAGCGACGUUUCAUUCAUUGAUAAGCGAAUGA